UGUAACGACCGAUCUUAGUCUCCUCACCAUCCAAACCACCACCGACCAUCAUGGUGCUACGCAUUGCCUCACAACGACCGUCGGUAGCACCGAUCAGGCGCCUGCUAACGCGAGGGCGGUCUGCUAGACGCGUGGUGUCGAGCGCAUCCCCAAGCAGUCCGCCAGGUGGGCGUUUCCCAUGGAAGGUGACCCUGGCGAUGAGCAGCGUUGUCGCGUGCUGCUACUUUGCCUGUGACGAACAACAACCAUACCCAUGGCAAAUGGCCUCAUUCCAGAGGACGGCCCCUCGUCUUCUUGAUGAACGUCGCAGCUCUGGCCGGCUUGGGAUGCGAGUCACCGACACAGUUCAUCCGGUGGCAGAAACACAGUACAUGGAUCUCGACGCAGCGAAUGAGGCAAUUCGACAAGACGCGCAUAACCUCUUGUUUUCUGGCAACGACUCGGUACAAGGCUGCAUCGACGUGGCCCGCGUGGCAAGCAAUUGCCCCGUGGAGGACCACUGGGACACGAGCCAGGCAGCGGACAACGACGGCGGAAGCAUCGUGUAUGCUGGAGUGUAUGAUGGCCACGCGGGCUGGGCGACCUCUCGGUACCUCGCAGGUCGUCUAAUCUCCGCAGUGUCCUCCGCAUGGGAAGCUUUGCCCAAAGAUAGCUCGACAUUGGAAAAGCAGGAAAUGAUCAAAGAGACGUUUCGUAAUGUCGACGCCCACAUCAUGCAGAGAGCUAAGGAUGUGGUCGAGCAGUCUCCUGCUGGCGCCUCAGCUGCUCUGCAAGCACUGGAGCCGGUCCUCUCAGGAUCGUGUGCCCUCCUCACAGCGUACGACGUGCGCUCAGGCCUGCUAUACACCGCGGUCACGGGGGAUUCGAGAGCCGUGUUGGGCAAGGGGUCUCAACACGGGAUGUACGAGGCCAUCGCACUCAGCAAAGACCAGACUGGCUUCAACGAAGACGAGGUGAAGCGGUUGAAUGAAGCACAUCCAGGCGAAGAGAAGGACAUGAUCAACCCUCGCAGCGGUCGGCUCUUUGGCAUGGCUAUUACGCGCGCAUUUGGCGAUCAUCGUUGGAAGUACACUCUCGACUUUUUACACCAUCUCAAGGCAGACUUCUUCGACGUUGGCCCUCGCCCGAAAUACAAGACGCCGCCUUACAUGACCGCCGAGCCCGAGGUGACGGUGCAAAAGGUCCAGACUGGCGACUUUGUCGUCCUGGCAUCCGAUGGGCUGUGGGAUCACAUGUCGAACGAAGACGCAGUCGAAUGUGUCUCCCAGUGGCUUGCCGCUAAACGCAGCGGCAAGACGCCGGCCGUCAAUGAGGAGAAGAAUGUUUGUCUCACCGUCGACAAGGAGGGAUACGGGACGUGGAAGGCAACAAAGGAGAACUUUGCCAUUGAGGACAUGGACAAUGCAGCCGUUUGUCUUAUCAAGAAUGCAUUUGGUGGGAAUAGACGGGAUUUGUUCAAGGGCGUCAUCAGCCAGCAACCGCCCAGGAGUCGCUACGUGAGGGACGAUGUGACGGUGCAGGUCAUCUUCACAAAGGAUCCUUACAAGUAGUCCAGGCGGAUUCACCUUGUUAGAUUCGGCAUUGAUCACUGUCUUGUUUACCUUAGUUCCCAUCCGUGUAAAAGGUCACAUCCCAGUGGUUGCCCUCGUCCUACUUAUUGUCAGCUUUUGUCAUAAAACAACCUUCAUCGACACUUACACA